AUGAUACUGAUUUCUGGCUUCUUAUUUCCAAUACAGUUGGACGGUGGCGGCUACCCAACCAAUUUCACGUACACCCCAGGCGGCGUAGCAAGAAACAUCUGCGAAGCACUCACGCGUCUAGGCGUGACACCCGCCUACUUUAUGACAGUUGUAGGAGACGACGAUCAAGGUCGACUGCUAUUGGCCAAAGGAAGCGGAACUGACGGUUUCAACGCGAGACUGGGCGGAGCUAGCAACAUCACUCCCGCAAUCAGCGACAGUGGUGCAGAUGGUGAUAACGCGGCAUCCUGGUCGAAGGUGAAAGGCAUAAAGAAGCUGCAAGAGAUGCAAACAGCCUCGUGCGUCAUCGUAUUCGAUGAAGACAAGGAAUCCAGACUUAUCAUGACGGAUUUUGAUAUACACAGCCAGAUUUCACCGACCAUGGUUUGUAACAAGAAAAAUCAAUAA